AUGAUGAAACUCUCAAGAAAACCUGUGGAUCAUUAUGAAAGUGUCAAACUGUGGGUUCAAGAGUUGAACGAAAGUGAAAAUACUACUCUUUUCACAGUUCAUAAGAAUGGCCCCUUCUUUGUUUGGCGGGUUUUUGAGUGGCAAAAAGAAUUUCUGGAGAAUUUGGAAGAGUGGUGCAUUGACUCAACAUACAAAAUAAGCAAGUCAUUCAAUACUGUAGCUAGUAAAGGACCUGAAGAUUGCUUUCAGUUUACAAUUAGUGUGCAAAACCCUAUCACCAAUAAGGGAUUGCCUGUCUACUUCUUUAUAACUGAUCAUGAAUAUACCUCAAUCUUGAGUCAAUAG